UCAACUCCAAUAGCUCUGUCAACCACUUAAGCUCAUCUCCAAUGGAGUGUGAGAGAGUCCAAGCCAUCGCUUCCCUAUCCCUCACCACCAAUUCAAUCCCUUUAGAAUUCAUCAGACCAGAGAAAGAACAGCCUGCCAUUACCACAUUCUGUGGUCCAGUCCCUGAAAUCCCCACCAUUGAUCUAAGCGACCCUGAUGAAGAGAACCGCGUGCGCUCCAUUGCCAAUGCGAGCAAAGAGUGGGGGAUAUUCCAGGUGGUGAACCAUGGUAUUCCCGAUGAGCUCAUUGGCAAGUUGCAGAAGGUUGGAAAAGACUUCUUUGAACUCCCUCAGGAAGAGAAAGAAGUCUACGCCAAACCACCCGAUUCUAAAUCCAUGGAAGGCUACGGAACCAAGCUUCAAAAGGAUAGUGAAGGGAAGAAAGCUUGGGUUGAUCAUCUUUUCCAUAGGAUUUGGCCUCCUUCUUCCAUCAACUACAAGUUUUGGCCAGAGAAUCCUCCUUCUUACAGGGAGGUAAAUGAAGAGUAUGCAAAGCAUGUGAGAGCGGUGGCAGAUAAGCUUUUCAGUGACUUUUCCAAAGGAUUAGGGUUGGAAGGGCAUGUAAUGAAAGAGGCAAUGGGAGGGGAGGAGAUAUCUUAUUUGAUGAAAAUCAAUUACUAUCCACCAUGUCCAAGACCAGAUCUAGCAUUGGGUGUGGUGGCUCAUACUGAUUUGUCAGCCAUCACCAUUCUUGUCCCCAAUGAGGUUCCUGGACUUCAAGUUCUCAAAGAUGACCAUUGGAUUAAUGCCAAGUACAUUCCUAAUGCCCUUAUCAUACACGUUGGAGACCAGAUUGAGAUAGCAAGCAAUGGGAAGUACAAGGCUGUGAUGCACAGGACGACGGUGGAUAAGGACAAGGCAAGGAUGUCAUGGCCGGUGUUCUUGGAGCCUCCAGAAGAGUUUGUUGUGGGACCUCUUCCCCAGUUGGUUGACCAACACAACCCUCCCAAAUACAAGGCCAAGAAGUUUAAGGACUACUCUUAUUGUAAACUCAACAAACUUCCUCAAUGAUCCCAAAAAAACCUAUUUCAACCUUUUCUUUUUCCUUGAUUUCAUAAAUUUUUAAAAUUUCCCUACCUACCCUUAUAAAUUUUUCUAUCAAUAAAUAUAUAUAUAUAUAUAUACGUGCUUGGAUUAAUUAUUAAUUUCUUUUUAUCCACCUAUAAUUGGUAUCUUAAAUGGGGUUUGGAAAAGCUUGAAAUUUAACUUGGGUUUUCAAUUUUAAGUACAUGUAUCUUUUCCUCUUUGUAUUGUUCUUCUCCUCUCUCUCUCUCUCUCUCUCUCUCUCUCUCUCUCUCUCUCUCUCUCUCUCCCCAACAUAAUUAAUGUUUCAGAUAUUUUAUGACAUGUAUCUUUGGUGAAGUAAUAAGUCUUAAGAAAAUAAAAGGAAAGAAUGAUUGAUUCCCA